AUGAUCCUCUUGGUUUCUUUCAUUCAGGAGAGUGGGGCCGGGCUGGAGGAGAAUGGCAGGAAACCCGGCGGGGUGGAGGGGAGCCCCCAGGGCAAUGCAUUUGGGAACCCAGUGGAGACCCCCACACCCACGGCCACCAAAGGCAGCAGCAGCAGCGUGGCAGCCACCUGGGCCAUGGAAGCCACCAGCAGUGCCAAGCCAACGCCAAAGACAUCUGUACCCACUCUCUGCUCAGCAAACGGCACCCAUCAGAGGUCUGCCAGCCCUUCGGCUGCAGUUGGGUCCCUGGCAGCCAGUCCCACCUCCCCGGGGCUCAGCAGCGAGCAGUCCAGCCCCCAGCCCAGCCGAGCCCCCACGCAGCCCCUGGGCACCCCCUCGGAGCCAGACCACAUCAGCCAAGGGGUCCUCUCAACCGAGAGCCCCACGCCACGACCCAGCACGGCGGCAGAAACCCCUGGCUCCACGUCAGCUCUGAUGAGCUCCUCUGCCACCUCCGAGCAUCCUCACGUCGCCGUUGCCACCACGCCGCUGCCCACAGGCAGGGACAGCCCGAAGCCCAUCAUCACGUGCCACAAUGUCAAAGAACUGAGUGACACUGGAGCCAUCUGCUUGCAGCUCAACGAGUCCAUCACUUGCAAACAUUUUUUGGAGAGGAAGGGGUCGGAAUUAUGGAGCGCCAUCUGCGAAGGGAGCCCCCACCGCCUGCCCUCCCCCUGCAAGAUCCAACUUGCUAAAUCCGAGGUGGACCACGACUGCUUGCUCCUCAUCCUCGUUGGCCAGAGAGAGCCUGCUACAGACGUGCUCCAGGAGUCUCAGUGGGAAAAGUUUGGAAUAAAAUCCCUCAAACAAGGGAGAGUGAGGAACCAUCAGGACUUCUCUCAGAAGACCUUGAUCGCCUUGGUCACAUCUGGCCUCCUGCUGGCCUUCCUGGGCUUGGCUGGUUAUUUCCUGAUGAAGCGGCGGAGCUGGAGCCCCGCGGGAGAGAGACUGGCUGAAGACCCCUAUUACACGGAAAACGGUGGCCAGGCAAACACCAUGCUGAUGAUGCCCCAGCAAGAGCAACCCGAGCUGCAGGAGAAGCCAAACCUCAACGGUGGGACUCAGGAGAACGGGACCGGCCAAGCGUCCUCCAAAAACGGCCACUCGGGCAGGCAGCACAGCGCCGACACCCAAAUGUGAACCCGGGGGGAGAAACACAUCCUCAGCACCCACCCAGAGGGGACAAGGGUGGGUGAGAGUUUUCUAUGGACAGUUAGGGAAUUGUAGAUCUUUUUUUUGUGUGUGUUUUGGGGUUUUUUUUCUAGUAUAAUUCCUGUGAAGGACUUCAGAAUCAGCCUAAAGCACAUUACACACCAGAGCUGCCAAAGACCUGCUUCUCUGCCCCCUCCUGUUGACCACACAAGAAACCUCUUCGCAGCUGUUCUCUGCUUUUGUUGUUAGAAGAACGUAAUGAGAAAUGCAAGUGCCCUUAGCCCUGAACAGCUUUUAAGCAGAGGCAGAUUGGAGCUACAGAAGCCUUGAGCCAGACUCCAAAAAUUUCUGGUGGCAGUGUGUUAGGCUGAUUAAAAUAGUUAAAUUGGGAUUUCAGUGACAAAAACCUCUCAGGUUUCAGAUAAUUUUGGUUAAUGGAGUUGGUUUUUUAUCUCAUCUUUAUGUUUAAGCGCAGGAUUUCUUCCUCUUUUAAGGACAUGAGGCAUUUAAUCUCCCUUCUUGGGCUUUAGGUCUCCUUUAGUCUUUCCUACUCCAGCAGAAUUUGCUGAAGCUCUGUGUAAAACUUUCCACGUGGAAUUGGAGGCUGAAAUGUGAAAAGACCUCGAGCUUGUUCCUUUGUUAAUCCCACCAGUAAAAAACUUCCCCAGUCUCUUCCCGUCAGGGACUGGGGAGGGUGUUGGAUGAGGCAGAGCCAGUAAUGGAUGACUCCAGCCAUGGAGACCAUUGGGUUGGGCUGGAGACAUCCCAGUGCCCUCCCUCCUGACACGUGGGGCAGUGCCCAGGGUAGGACCGAGGGAAUAAAAGAUCCCAAAGGGCUCCCAGGGGGACAAACCUGGUUCCGUGAUGGCUGGUUCUGCAUCAGCAGUGAGUACAUGAACAAAAAGAAGUAUUUUUGCUUUGGUAAGUGAAGCCACCA